AUGUAUCCCAUUCUUUUAAGGUAUUGGUGUUCAGUGGCACUUUUCAAAGCACUACGUCCUGUAUGGUAUUUUAUUCCCUUUGGGUUUGUGAUAUUUCCACUAGGGUUGUUAUCACUAAGUAAGGAAGCAUACCUGCAGUUGAAAAUAUAUCAACUUCAAAAGAGUGAACUAGAUUCCAGGACCGUUGCAUCUGCGUUUUUGUCAAGAUACAAUUGGUUCUGGAAUUCCGCGCCAGUGCUUAAUACAGAUAAGUAUAUUUUUGGCGAUUUAUCUUUACGGAUUGCCUCAUUACUAGAAACUCUAUCACUGUUACCAGAAAUUAUGGAACCGUUAUAUGGAUCCAUUGAGUCUCUGGUAAAUUUCACAAGCACGAAUUCCGCUAAGAUGACGGAAUCAAGACAGGAUAAAGCAGAUAAAAAGUCCGAGUCCUCAUUUUAUAAGGAUUAUGACCUUUUAGAGGAUAUUCUGUUCGAGUUCAAGACUAAUACACCGGAGGGAACUUAG